AUGGCUUGCCUGGAACUUCUGCACCUCGGCAAGGAGAGCGAGCGGUCAGAUCGGUGCCGUGACGGGGACUGGAGUUUGCACACUCUCCCGUGCCAAGGGCAGCCCGAGGAAGGUGAGGAGAGGACUCGGACAUCAGCCAUGGCUGCUGAGCGUUCCAUGAGACCUGGCAAAGCUGUGGAAAAGACCACCACAGGAGAUGCUGGGCAGGCCCCUGUUUCCUUCACUUCCCCAUCACCUCUGUCCCAGGAACACUUCGCAGCAGAGGACACCGUCUGCUAUCCCAGCCACUCCAAGGAAGGACAGGAAACAGCCCGAAAGAGAGCCUGCUGCUGUGAAUCGGAGACCUCCUUCACUCACGUGGAUGAAAACGUCAACAAUCUAGAGCAUGGGCGAAGUCUUGCUGACAAGAGCUGUUGCCAAGACCAGGAGCUCCUUCCGUACCCUGAUCCAUGUGGAGAGAUGCCCCCAGAAUGGCCCUACGAUCCCCCUUCAUUAGUGUCGGAGGAAGAGGAUGACGCCGGCUCGGAAGCCGCUGGAGGGAAGUCUGUGGACUAUGGCUUCAUCAGCGCCAUCUUGUUUCUGGUCAGUGGGAUUUUGCUGGUGAUUAUUUCCUACGUGGUUCCCCGAGAUGUGACGGUGGACCCCAGCACGGUGGCGGCCAGGGAGAUGGAGCGGCUGGAGAAUGAGAGCGCCAAGAUUGGGGCUCACCUGGAUAGGUGUGUGAUCGCCGGGCUCUGCCUUUUGACCCUGGGCGGCGUGGUGUUGUCCAGUCUCCUCAUGAUGUCGAUGUGGAAAGGAGAGCUCUACCGGAGGAACAGGUUUGCCUCCUCCAAGGAAUCGGCCAGGCUGUACGGCUCCUUCAAUUUCCGAAUGAAAUCCUCCACCAAUGAUAAUAUGGAGUUAUCGUUAGUCGAGGAGGACACUCUCGCCAUAGACAGCUAG